AUGUCAGUGGAAAGAUCUUUGGAAGCGUGGGAAGAGGUUCAGCGACAUGGACAAGACUUAGCUGAUCGACUAGCUCAGGGCUUUACGGGUUUGAUUCAAAUCAACCCACCUUCAUUUCCAUGGCCGAAUCAUCAGAAACUGAAGCUGUUCGAUCUCGAAUUCCCCAGUCAGCAAUUCGGAAUCCGAGACUCUAGGUUUUCCAUCGACCAUCCAAUCAACGGCGUCUCUGCUAUUCUCGACAUCGGGAACAAGAUUGGUCAAGCUGGAGUCGAUUUCGGCGCUGGCUUGAACGUGAUGGUUCAGCAAUUCUUCAGGAUGUUGCCUAUGCCGUUUCGUCACGACGAGAACUCGUCUGUUUCCAUGGAGAGAGACGCGAUCACGAGGAGCCAUAUGGUUUAUGUAGACGCAAGAGAGGACUCGAGGCUUUCAAAGUCUGAUACUGCUUCCUCUGUUGCUGUUUCAGAGGAGAAAGUUACAGACUUUGAUUUGAGGACUGCAGGAUUACUUGGGAGACCAAAGGGAACGGUUGAGAUAUCUUCAAGUUAUGAAACUAGGACAAGUGGUAUGGAACAUUCAUUAGCAGCAAGGGGAGAUCUUUGGAGAGUAGAAGCUUCUACAUCAAGUUCAAAUGCAAGAGACGAUAGUUCUUCGUCUCUCUUUCUUCUCCAGCUUGGUCCGUUGCUAUUCCUGCGAGAUUCAACUCUUCUUUUGCCUGUUCAUUUAUCAAAGCAACACUUGCUCUGGUAUGGAUAUGACAGAAAGAAAGGUAUGCAUUCGCUAUGUCCAGCUUUGUGGUCAAAACAUCGAAGAUGGCUUAUGAUGUCAAUGCUUUGCCUGAAUCCUGUAGCUUGCUCAUUUGUAGACUUGCAGUUCCCGAAUGGGCAAUUAACAUAUGUAUCUGGUGAGGGAUUGACAACAAGUGUGUUUGUUCCUUUAUGUGGUGGUCUUCUUCAAGCGCAAGGCCAAUAUCCAGGAGAUAUGAGAUUUAGUUUCUCUUGCAAGACUAAACAAGGAACAAGAAUCACACCGAUGGUGAAUUGGCCUGAUAAAUCAUUCGGGAUCGGUGUUUCUCAAGCCUUGGCUUGGCGUAAGUCCGGUCUCAUGAUGAAACCUGCAAUUCAACUUAGUGUGUGCUCUACAUUUGGUGGAAGCAAUCCCGGGAUGAAAACCGAAGUGAUUCACUCGUUGAACGAUAACAUCAAUAUGAUCUGUGGCUGCGCAAUGACUGCUCAUCCUUCAGCAUUUGCAUCUCUUUCCUUUGGUCGGUCCAAGUGGAAUGGGAACAUCGGACGAAGUGGCAUAGUUGUGAGAGCUGAUACUCCUCUUUCAAGCGUUGCUCAACCUUCUUUCUCCAUCCAGCUUAACAAUGCUUUCGAGUUCUGA